GUCGGUAUAGCCGCAGCAGUGGGGUGGAUCCUUGCACAGCCAUGGGUCCGAGUUAAACUAGGCUAUAGGAGUGAAGACAAACUGUGGACCGUACUUCCUUCUUGACUUGACCAUGUAAUGUCAACAGCAGCAUAAGAAUCUCCAAGUGUGUAAAAUGGGCGUGCGACGUGCCGCCCUGAAGGCGGUGGACUGGGUGGCGUUUGCCGAGAGGGUGCCCCCCAACCAGAGGACUAUGUUCAACACCCUCAAGACCCGCAGUGACGCCCUCGCUGCCAAGCUAACCUCUUUGCCAGAGAAGCCAGUCACCAUUGACCGGACCUACUACAGGUCUGCUGUAGCCAAAGCUGGCAUGGUGGAAGAGUUUGAAAAGACGUUCACUGCCCUGAAGGUCCCAGAGCCGGUGGACACCCAGUCUGUCCUCAUCAACAGCCAGGAGGCAGAGGCGCUUGAGAAGUUCCACAACAUGAUCCCCUUCGAUCAGAUGACCAUUGAGAGACUGGAGAAGCAGAAAUACCCAUACUGGCCCCACAAGCCCAUCGCUGAUCUGUAAACACACGGAUGGACGUCCCAGUAUUAUGUUUAUUUGUAUUGUACAUCACUAAAAGUGAAUGAAUGACUGUAUAGAAAUGUAUAUAAACUUUUCAUUCAUUCGUAACUUAAUAAAAGGAUACGGUGUUAUA